AGCUCCUACCGAAAGGACAGCGUGCCCAAUCCAUCACUCACUGCGUCUCUCCCAUUCGUCGUAGCUUCUCCUCCCAUAGCUGGAAACAGAAUCCAUCGCCGCCAUGUCCAAAUUGAGCGAAACCAAGCCCGAUUGGUCAGGGGUAGGGACUGUCGGACUGGUCACAGCUUAAUUUUUUACUCCUACGUACUUCCUGCCUUCCUGGAACAGUUAGCACAGCAGCUUUGCAUUAGCAUGGAGCAGGAGCCACCAUCGCCGCCGCUGCAAGCGUCGGGGUUGCAGCUGUCCCUGGCCCUCGCGCCGGCAGCGGCCGGACGCCGUGAGGAGGUGGAUGAGGUGGCGGCGCCGACGGCGUACGUCGCCGGGAAGCAGGUGCGGCUGUUCCCUUGCCUCUACUGCAACAAGAAGUUCCUCAAGUCGCAGGCGCUCGGGGGCCACCAGAACGCGCACAAGAAGGACCGCGCCACCGCCGCCUGGAACCCCCACGUCUACGGCGACGACGACGCAUCCGCCGUGGCGGUGCCGCCGGACGCGGUCAACAGAGGUGGCGCAGCGAGAUCCGCCGCCGCCGCUGCCUUGUCCGUGACGAUCGCCUCGCACGGCGGCCCCGCCGUGGAGCCCCCCGCCGGCGUCAAGGUCGAGAUGCCGGACGGCGGCACCCGGCUCUUCGCCGACCACGUGCUGCUCCCGGGUGCGGGGGCAGCCGACCCCUCCGCCGUGGCCGGCGGCCGCGAUGGCACGGUGGAAAUGCUCAACUGGAGGAGGACCUCCCGCAUCUUUUCCCCACCGGAGAAUAACACCAACGCCAGCACCGCCGCGCCCUCCAGCUCCGGCGAGGAGCUCGACCUCGAGCUGCGGCUCUAGAUCAUCCACGACGCGCUUCCUCCGUCCCGGGGAGAGAUCCUUUAAUUUGACACGCACGCAUCUUCUUGGCUGCCCGUAUUAUUAUGUCUGUACCUUGCUUCAAUUCAUCUUCUCUCCAGUCUUGUCAUCCCAAUUAAGCUUGGUAUGCAUGGUUCAUCAUUAUUCUUAUUUGCUACGUAUCUCAACAUCAGGUGUUGUUGACCGGUGAUGGUGCAUAUCUCAACAUGUCAGAUUAGUAUAUAUGUUAUAAUAUUCCGCCGCUGUGCAUCACUUUAAGUACUGAUGAGUGUUUGUAGCUUUUCCUGCU